UGCCAACUGUAGAGGAGUUGAUCCCUCCUGGAUCAGGUGCCUGUUGACCUGCUGGAGUCACUUUCAGCCCCUAGAACACUGCUAGCUAAAUGAGAACUAUGAUUAUUAUAAAUUUAUAAUUACCCUGCCACCAAGAACAAGCUAUGUUAUCAGAAUGGGUCCCAUAUCUUUGAGAUUGAUUAAGCUGAUUAUGUUGAUGGUGGGUCCAAAUCUGCUGAAGUUUUUGUAUUAUAGAGUCUGCCUGCUGAUCAAUAUUCUAAUACUAUAUGCCUUGAGAUACUUCCCUAAUUAGAAUGAAUUUGAUGAUUUCUAUAACCACAAUGUUGAAUAGCCACCCCACAUGCUCUAUGGCUGCAAUACUGCCUCACAUGUUUUCCUUCCAUGCCUUAUUUUCUAUGUCAUUUAUACAUGGUGGAGCUCACAUUCUUUCUGCUCUGAUGAUCUGAAGCAUGCCCAAAUGUUGAAUUGUUUGAUUCUUUGUUCUAUUUGCAGAUAUGUUGAGUCUUCUUUUGUGGUGCUGCAUGAUAGCAGAAAACAUGCUUGUUGACAUGUUGUACAGGGGGAUGAUGUCAGCAAUUAGAAAAUUUAGGUUGAGGAAAAGUAUAAAAAGGAAAACUUGGGUCAUGCUACAAGCCUUCAUCAAUGAUAUAUUAUAAGGAUAACUGGAUAUUGAAGAAAGGCCUUGAACCAUGAUCCAUGCCUCAAAAGUUUGAGUGACUACAAUCAGCGGUUUCUUCUGAUGGGAGGAUAGAGCCUUCGUAGAAAAGUCAAAAGCAUCUUUUGUCCAAUGAAAGAAGCUUGAAUUAACAACAUAAUAUGAUAAUAAGACUAAGUUAAUAACAAUAUGAAUGGGAUCUUUCACAUAAUAUGAUAAUAAGACUAAGUUAAUAACAAUCUGAAUGGGAUCUUUCCGUCUCUCUCUGGUUAUUUUUGUUUUGCCAAAGUCAGUCAUCUCAAAUCUGACAAUAAGAACAAGAUGAUGCAUUGCCUUACUUCAUCAAUUUUUAAGGAGAAAAUUGUGUGCCUAUAUAUAGACCAGUCUCCCAAGUCUUUCUUCUCCUUACAAAUUUGGACCUUGAACCUAUCCUGGUUAUCAACCAUGGCUCAGUUGGUUGGAACAGAUGAAAUAGAGUCAUUUAGGAUUGAGUUAGCAGAGAUAGGAAGAAGCCUGAGAUCAUCAUUUAGGCGUCACACCUCUAGUUUCAGAAGCAGUUCAGCAUCUUUAAAGGAUGAUGCAGUUGAAGAGCAUGAUUUACAGUGGACUGACAUUGAGAGGCUACCAACAUUUGAACGGUUGCGGUCAUCUUUGUUUGAUGAGUACGAUGAUGGAAGUAGAGUUGAUGGUGAAGGAAAACGGGUGGUUGAUGUUACCAAGAUUGGAGCUCCAGAAAGGCGGAUGUUCAUAGAGAAGCUCAUCAAACAUAUAGAGAAUGAUAACCUUCGGUUGUUGCAGAAAAUCAGAAAGAGAAUAGACAAAGUUGGAGUAAAACUGCCCACUGUGGAGGUGAGAUAUAAGAAUCUGCGUGUGGAAGCAGAGUGCGAGGUAGUUCAUGGAAAGCCCCUUCCAACUCUAUGGAAUUCUCUUAAAAGCAUCCCUUCUGAUUUUACUAAGUUGCUAGGUUUGGGGUCCCAUGAAGCCCAUAUAAGCAUCAUUAAUGGUGUCAGUGGUGUCAUAAAGCCUGGAAGGAUGACUCUGCUGCUUGGGCCCCCAGGAUGCGGGAAGACUUCCUUGUUAUUAGCACUCUCAGGGAAUCUAGACAAGUCUCUCAAGGUUACAGGGGAAGUCUCUUACAAUGGGUACAGAAUGGAAGAGUUUGUGCCCCAAAAAACUUCUGCCUAUAUUAGCCAAUAUGAUCUGCACAUUCCUGAGAUGACUGUGAGAGAAACAAUUGAUUUUUCGGCCCGUUGUCAAGGUGUUGGAAGCAGAGCAGAGACUAUGUCGGAGGUAAGCAGAAGGGAGAAGCAAGCAGGAAUAGUUCCAGAUCCAGAUAUAGAUACUUAUAUGAAGGCAAUUUCUGUUGAAGGGCUAAAGAGAACCCUUCAGACAGACUACAUUCUAAAGAUUCUUGGACUGGAUAUCUGUGCUGACACAAUGGUUGGAGAUGCCAUGAGAAGAGGCAUCUCUGGUGGUCAAAAGAAAAGACUGACUACAGGGGAGAUGAUUGUAGGGCCUACAAGAGCUCUCUUUAUGGAUGAAAUAUCAAAUGGUCUGGACAGUUCCACAACAUUUCAGAUAGUUGCUUAUCUUCGGCAGCUGGUGCAUAUCAUAGAUGCUACCAUACUGGUUUCACUUCUUCAGCCAGCUCCCGAAACCUUUGAUCUCUUUGAUGACAUAAUAUUGAUGGCAGAAGGGAUAAUUGUGUAUCAUGGACCCUGUAGUCAUAUUCUAGAAUUUUUCGAGGACUGUGGGUUCAGGUGUCCUGAGAGGAAAGGGGUGGCUGACUUCCUCCAGGAGGUCAUCUCUAGAAGAGAUCAAGCACAGUACUGGUACCACACUGAACAAGCUCACAGUUAUGUCUCUGUGCAUACAUUCUCAAGGAAAUUCAAGGAGUCUCCUUUUGGGAAGAAGCUAGAAGAGAAGCUCUCUAAGCCAUUUGACAAGUCCCACAGCCAUAAGAAUGCUCUAUCUUUUAGCAAGUAUUCUCUUUCCAAAUGGGAACUCUUCAGAGCCUGCAUGUCAAGGGAAUUUCUUCUUAUGAAGAGAAAUUCUUUUAUAUAUGUAUUCAAAUCAACUCAGCUUGUCAUCAUCGCUGCCAUCACCAUGACAGUUUUCUUGCGUACUCGGAUGGAUGUUGAUAUCAUUCAUGCAAACUACUAUCUUGGCUCCUUGUUCUAUGCGCUUGUUAUACUUCUAGUUGAUGGGUUCCCUGAGUUGUCCAUGACUGUUUCAAGACUUCCAGUCUUCUACAAACAGAGGGACUUGUGCUUUUAUCCAGCUUGGGCUUACACAAUCCCAGCUACUAUUCUAAAAAUUCCUCUUUCCUUUGUGGAAUCUCUGGUUUGGACAUCUCUUACUUACUAUGUCAUUGGGUACAGUCCUGAGUUCGGGCGGUUCCUCCGUCAGUUUAUUCUAUUUUUUUCUGUGCACUUGUCAUCAGUAUCCAUGUUCCGUUUCUUCGCUUCAGUCUCCAGGACUAUGGUUGCUUCUGCAACAGCUGGUAGUUUUGCAAUAUUAUUAGUCCUAUUAUUUGGUGGCUUCAUUAUCCCACAGCCCUCUAUGCCAGAUUGGUUGAAGUGGGCAUUUUGGAUAUCCCCAAUGACAUAUGGAGAGAUAGGCCUUGCAGUAAACGAAUUUCUAGCUCCGCGAUGGCAAAAGACACUGUCCACAAACACAACACUAGGGCGUGAGACACUUGAAAAUCGGGGGCUGAACUUUGAUGGAUACCUUUUCUGGAUAUCACUUGCUGCAUUAUUUGGAGUUACAAUAAUUUUCAACAUCGGAUUCACCUUGGCCUUGAGUUUUUUACAGGCUCCUGGAAAGUCUCGUGCUAUUAUAUCACAUGAAAAGCUAUCCCAACUUCAAGGAAGGGAUCAAUCCACCAAUGGUGCAUAUGAGGAAAAAGAGUCAAAAAAUCCUCCUCCUAAAACUACCAAGGAGGCUGAUAUAGGAAGGAUGGUUUUGCCUUUUCAACCCCUGACAGUAUCAUUCCAGGAUGUGCAAUACUAUGUAGACACACCUGUGGAAAUGAGACAAAAGGGUUUCGCUCAGAAAAAACUCCAUCUUCUUCAUGAUGUUACUGGGUCAUUGAGGCCUGGUGUCCUCACAGCAUUGAUGGGAGUUAGUGGAGCUGGAAAAACAACUCUUAUGGAUGUUCUUGCUGGAAGAAAAACUAGUGGCACCAUUGAAGGAGAGAUUAGAAUCGGAGGGUAUCCUAAGGUUCAAGAAACAUUUGCUAGGAUUUCGGGCUACUGUGAGCAAACUGACAUACAUUCUCCACAAAUUACUAUAGAAGAAUCAGUGAUUUUUUCUGCUUGGCUUCGUUUGUCUCCUCAGAUUGAUUCAAAAACUAAAGCUGAAUUUGUGAAUGAAGUGCUUGAGACCAUUGAGCUUGAUGGAAUCAAAGAUGCUUUAGUAGGUAUGCCUGGUGUUGGUGGUUUAUCAACUGAGCAACGAAAGCGUCUGACAAUAGCAGUGGAGCUUGUGUCCAACCCCUCCAUUAUCUUCAUGGAUGAACCUACAUCAGGUUUGGAUGCAAGAGCAGCUGCAGUAGUCAUGCGAGCGGUGAAGAAUGUGGUUGAUACUGGCAGAACAAUUGUUUGCACCAUCCACCAACCGAGUAUUGACAUAUUUGAAGCAUUUGAUGAGUUGAUUCUAUUGAAAACUGGUGGACAUCUGAUCUACUGUGGACCACUGGGUCAGCAUUCAAGUAGGGUUAUCGAGUAUUUUGAGGGUAUUCCUGGGGUUCCAAAGAUCAGAAAUAACUACAAUCCAGCAACAUGGAUGCUAGAGGUGACCUCUACAUCUGCAGAAGCUGAACUUGGCGUAGAUUUUGCUCAAAUUUACAAGGAUUCUGCUCUAUAUGAGAACAACAAAGAGCUUGUAAAGCAAUUGAGCAUUCCACCUCAUGGUUCAGAAGACCUGCAUUUCCCAACCCGCUUUGCACGAAAUGGUUGGAGUCAAUUCAAAUCUUGCUUAUGGAAGCAGCACUUGUCUUAUUGGAGAAGUCCCUCAUACAAUAUAACACGUACCAUGCAUAUGCUUGUCGCAUCUUUGCUCUUUGGGAUACUGUUUUGGAAGCAAGGAAAAGAACUGAAUAACCAGCAGGGUGUGUUCAAUGUACUUGGUUCAAUGUACGUCGCUGUGAUCUUCUUGGGCAUAAAUAACUGUUCGACGGUAUUACCACAUGUCACAAAUGAGCGAACUGUUCUUUACCGUGAAAAAUUUGCAGGGAUGUACUCUUCAUGGGCUUACUCACUUGCUCAGGUGACAAUUGAAAUUCCCUACCUAUUUAUCCAGACACUUAUAUAUGUGAUCAUCACAUAUCCAAUGAUAGGAUACUACUCGUCGGUUUAUAAGAUUUUCUGGUACUUCUAUGCCAUGUUCUGCACAUUGCUGUACUACAAUUAUCUGGGAAUGCUGCUUGUGGCAAUGACACCAAGCUUUCCUGUAGCGUCAAUCCUAUCCUCUGCCUUCUACACAAUUUUCAAUCUGUUUGCGGGGUUUCUGAUUCCUCAACCGCAAGUUCCUAAAUGGUGGCUUUGGUUGUUUUAUCUGACUCCUACAUCUUGGUCAAUAACCGGUAUGCUUACUUCACAGUAUGGCGACAUCCACAAGGACAUUCUGGUAUUUGGAGAGACUAAAACAGUGGCUACCUUCUUGAAAGACUACUACGGCUUUCACCAUGAUCGCUUGGCUGUUGUGGCUGUUAUUCUUAUCGCCUUCCCCCUGGCUUUUGCUUUUCUUUUUACAUACUGUAUACAAAGACUGAACUUCCAGAGGAGGUAAUCAUUGGCAAUGCUGGAAAACCAAUGCGGGUAUUUGAAAAACAACAAUGAUUGUAUUAAUGGAUUCAUAUAGGCGACGAUAUAUUAUUGAAUGUAAAUCAUUGUACAAGCUAACCAAAUCAAGUUUAAUGGCACAACAUUGAUGAUA